UUAUUAACAUUCAUUUUGCUAAUCUUUCUAUAUCAGUUAGGUAAACAAAAACAUACUCAAAGAUACGACUGUUUGAUCUCGAAUUACAACUUUCAUUGGUGUUUAUACAAUUAUAUAGCUGUAGUUUUACAAUUUGGAAUUUUAUCGAUACCAAUAAGCCCAUAUUUUGGAACCAGUAACGGUUACGCGCCAAGAAGAUUCCGACUAGAAUGAUUGUAUAGCGUGCUACAACAUGGACCACUGUGAAAGAGUAAAAAGGAAACAAAAUCCGAGAGAGAAGGCUAAACUAUUUUCUAAAUUAAGUUUCGCAUACACAGCAGGACUUUUUAAAAAAGCUUUAAACAACGAUUUGGAAGAAAAAAAUGUGUACGAAGUUAUUAAAUGUUGCAAUUCAAAAAGAUGUGGAGAUAAAUUAGAAAAGCAAUGGAAAAUAGAUAAUGAACUACCCACACCCGGUUCAAUAUAUAGACUGUUAUGGCACAGAUUUGGCUGGAGAUACCUCUUUAUCGGUUUAGUAGAUUUAUUUUUUAAAAUCCUUAGCAGUGUUCUAGAACCUUUAGCAAUAAGCAAUAUAGUCGACUACUUCAAUAAACCAACAACUCUAACUCAGGAAGAAGUAUACUUUUGGGCGGCAGUCCUCUUAGGCAACAACUUAAUAUACACUAUUUACAUUCACAACUGUAUGCUGUGGGCACAAAGGCUAGGAAUAGAAAUGAGAACAGCCUUCUCAGCCUUAUUGUACAGAAAAGCUUUAAGGCUUACCCCUUCUGCUGUAUCAAAGAUUACUUUAGGAAACAUUGUCACACUUAUUACCAAAGAUGUACAAUCAUUUCAAUUGUCAAUUUGGAUGUUUAAUGACAUGUGGAAUGGUACUUUACAAAUGUGUGUUAACUGUUACUUAUUGUAUAGUAAAAUUGGAUGGUCAUCUCUAAUUGGAAUCGGAAUAAUUUUAUCUGUGCUUCCGCUGCAAGUAUAUUUGGGAAAGCUUAUUAGUACAUAUCGAUAUUCAACUGGUAAAAAAACUGAUGAAAGGUUACAAGAAACACAAGAAACUUUAUCCACUAUUAAAAUCAUUAAAAUGUACACAUGGGAAAGUUUUUUCAGUAAUAAAAUAAAUGCGGCAAGAAAAGAAGAGGCCAAGAAAAUCCUGAUUUCAUUUCACUUAAAAAUGGUUCAAAUUGUGCUAGGUAUUCUAUUUUCAAAGUUAGGCUUUUAUAUACUUAUUAUGGCAUACAUCCGAAUGGGAUACAAUACAAAUACAGCUUUAGUAUUUUACAUCAGCAACAUGUUCAAAGAUCUCGAGUACAACUUAGGAGGCCUCAUACCGUAUGGAAUGGGAAGAGCAGCAGAAUUGUUCUCAGCAAUAAAAAGAAUUAACCAAGUUAUUUCGGCUGAAGAAUUACCUCCGAAAAUUGGUUCUGACCAACCAACAAAUAACCCUUUCUUAGAAUUAAAAGAUGCAAGUGUAAAAAUCAAUAAUAAUUUCGUCCUCAGUAAUGUAUCCUUUCGAGUAGAUUCUGGACUGAUAUUGGUUACUGGUAAAGUUGGAUCUGGAAAAAGCUCGCUUUUAAAAGCCUUUUUACAAGAUUACCCUCUAUGUCAAGGUUCAAUAAUGUCAGAUGGUAGAAUUUCGUAUGCAUCUCAAGAUCCCUGGUUGUUUCCAUCAUCUAUUAAGCAAAAUAUAAUUUUUGGAGAAAGAUUUGAUGAAAAAAGGUACCUUGAAGUAGUAAGAGUAUGUGCUCUCGAAUAUGAUUUAAAACUAUUUGACAAGGGUGAUGAAACGAUAGUCUGCGACCGAGGGCUGAAUCUAAGCAAAGGACAGCAAGCUAGAAUAAAUCUAGCAAGAGCUGUAUACAAGGAAAGUGAAAUAUAUUUAUUGGACGAUUCAUUGACAUCUUUAGAUAGUCAGGUUCAAGAAUAUAUCUUCAACGAAUGUAUAAAAAAGUUUUUAAAAACUAAAAUAUGUGUAUUGGUGACCCAAAAUGUUAAUCAAAUUAAUGCUGCCGAUAGCGUUGUCAUUAUGGAUGAUAGUAACAUUAAAUCAUUUGGUAGCCCUAAUGAGAAAAUAAUAGGCGAAGUUAACAAGGUUUUGACACAAGAAAAUAGCGAAAAAUCAAUUGACGAAGAAGUUCAAAUUAAAACUAAGGUUAGUUCUGAUGACGAAUUUGAUAAUGAAGAAACUAACUUAUUGGAGGAAACUGAACAAACUAACAAGAAGAAAGUGUACGCGGAGUUGAUUAGAAAAGGCAAGGUAUCAUUGGGUAUAUAUAAGGAAUAUUUAUUGUAUGGAGGAGGAACUUUUAUUUUGCUUUUGAAUAUGUUUUUCUUUACUUCAGCACAAGGGGCUGAUAGUUUUUCCGAUUAUAUUUUGGCUAAAUGGGUAGACAAGCAACAUACUGUUCAAGUUCUUAGAAAUGCUACACUAUCAGAUCAAGGAAAUAUAACCACAAAUUCGACACUUAGCAAUCUAGAAAGUGAAUCUUCAUUGACAAUCAAGUUAUAUUCCGGAAGUAUAUUUUUGUUGGCCUUACUAAACUUGAUCAGAACUUUUACGGUAUUGGAAUUAGGUAGAAGGGCUUCAGUAAAUAUUCACAAGACAAUAAUAAAAAAGAUUACAAAUGCUUGCAUGUCAUUCUUUGAUACGCAUUUUUUGGGAAAUAUAUUGAACAGAUUUUCGAACGACUUUAGUAAUAUUGAUGAACAAGUGCCAUUUGUAAUAUUUGAGUCGUUAAGAGUAACCUUUGAACUUGGUGGCAUCUUGUUUAUAAUAGUAAACAUUAGGAAAUAUUUUAUAGUAUAUGCAAUUGUGUUAUUUUCGGUCCUUUUGAUUUUAAGGCGACUGUAUUUACCAACUGGUAGAAGUUUAAAACGAUUAGAAGCAACAACCAGAAGUCCCAUGGUUGGACAUAUUAAUUCUUCUUUAGAGGGCUUGACAACAAUCAGAGCUUAUAAAAUGGAAAAACAAUUGAUAGACGAAUUUGAUAGACAUCAAGACUUGUUCACAUCAGCACAUUAUAUGUGGCAAUGCACCACAUCUGCAUUUGGCUGUGCUAUGGAUUUCUUCUGUGCCAUUUUUAUAUGUUGCAUAGUUUUGUCUCUAGUCUUAUUUGACACAGAUAUCAGCGCCGGAGAUGUUGGCCUAGCAAUUUCCCAGGUAAUAGCCCUUUCUGGUGAAGUAGAAUGGGGUGUACGUCAAUGGGCAGAUCUUGAAAGUCUAAUGACGUCUGUGGAACGCCUUUUAGAGUAUACUCAGAUAAAAACAGAACCUAAAGAAGGAAAAGAAAUUGCAAAUUGGCCAGAAAAAGGAGCGAUUAACUAUGAAAAUGUUUCAUUGACUUAUAAUGAUAAUGAAAUGGUUUUAAAAAAUUUAAACUUUAAAGUAAAACCGAACGAGAAGAUCGGAAUAGUUGGUAGAACCGGUGCUGGAAAAUCCUCAAUAAUAUCAUCAAUUUUUCGAUUAUAUGAAGUCGAAGGAAACAUUUUUAUUGAUGGGAUAAAUAUUAAGGUUCUCGCUUUGGACUUUCUUAGAAAAAAAUUGGCUAUUAUACCACAAGAUCCCGUUCUAUUUUCGGGAACUAUCAGAACAAAUUUAGAUCCAUUCCAAGAAUUUUCUGACGAAGAAUUAUGGCAAGCUCUUGAUAAAGUUAAUGUUAAAGGGAUAAUUUCUGAUUUAAACCAGAAUGUGAAAAGUCAUGUUUCAACAUUCAGUUCUGGUCAGAGACAACUAAUUUCUGUAGCUAGAGCAAUUUUACGUAAAAGUAAAAUACUUAUCCUAGACGAGGCUACUGCUAACAUGGAUACGGAAACAGAUGCAAUGCUUCACAAAAUUAUUAACGAAAAUUUUACAGAUUGUUCAGUGAUUACUAUUGCCCAUAGGUUGGAGACGAUUUUGCACAAUGAUAGGGUCAUGGUGUUAGAUAGAGGGGAAAUAAAGGAGUUUGACAAACCUGUGAUACUAUUGAAAAAUAAAAAUGGAAUAUUUUAUAAGUUAGUUGAACAAGGUGGAUUACUUAAUUAUUUAAGUUGACAAAUUAAUGACAAAUUUUUUUAAAUA